AUGGUUCCGUCAAGAUCAUUGGUCUGGUUCAAUUUCAGCAUAGGAUAUUUAUUAUUUCUUUGCUCCAACGUUUGGUCGGUCCGGUUCAAUCAUCCCGAGCUUUAUCUGUCUUCACACGACUUCAAAAUCUCUGCUACGCGUCAGACACGGAAUUAUAACUUUCGCGUUACAAAUACCGUCGGUGCACCAGAUGGGUUUAGCAAGACUAUGCUGGUCAUCAAUGACCAGUUCCCAGGUCCCUUAAUCGAGUGCAAUGAGGGAGAUACCUUGCAAAUCGUCGUCCAGAAUGACUUGAAUGUUGACGUCUCAAUUCAUUGGCAUGGAAUUCUGCAGACUGGUACACCAUGGAUGGAUGGAGUAACUGGCGUCACGCAAUGUCCCAUACCGGCCAAGACCUCAUUCACCUACAAGUUUACUGUUAAGGAUCAAUUUGGAACUUUUUGGUAUCACGCGCAUGCUCGUAAUUUGGCCAUAGAUGGUAUAGCCGGACCUUUGAUUGUUCACAGUCCACGCGAUCCUUUGGUUCGUGGCAAGAAUUACGACAACGAAAUGAUUCUGUUUAUUUCAGAUUGGUAUCAUAAUACCAGUACAGUUAUCCUGGACGGCACCUUGUCAGCUACAGGAUAUUUCGGGACUCAAGCGGCCCCGUCUGCCAACAGUGCAUUGAUCAACGGGGUUGGGAUCUUCAAUUGCUCUUUCGCAACUCGGGGAUCAAGGUGUCGAACACCUACCAAACCCCUCGAAAUAACGUUGCCCCCCAAUCAAAAAACUCGUUUUCGGCUGAUUCAAGCGGGUAGCCACGCCAUGUUCUGGUUUUCCGCAGACCAACACCUUCUCACUGUUGUUGAAGCUGAUUCCACAAGAGUGACCGGUCCAAACAACUUGCAUCGUCUGCAAUUCCAUAACGGACAGAGAUAUAGCGUGAUAAUCGAUACGCGGGCUGACAAGGUGGGGAGCUCCUUUUACUUGAGAGCUGCAAUGGACAUAGAUUGCUGGGCCUGGCUCGCCCCGGGUAUACCUGGUCCAGAUGCAACCGCUCUCGCAAUCGUGCGAGUGGCUGCGCAAGCUUCUCAAAUUAAUAGUCUUCAGCCUCCGAGAACCAAAGACUGGGGGGACACCGUCGGUGGGAAGUGCACAGAUUUAAACGUUGAUACGCUAAAGCCGCUUAUUCGUCAAAAUGCUUGUGCAAACGUCAUAGACACCUUGUAUUUCAAUACGAGUCUUGGAACCAUCAUUCGUCGGAAUUCUCGAAAUCGAACCAAAGUGGACACUUUGAGCAGAUUUUUUGUGAACAAUGCCACCUGGACAACGUUCCGCUAUAGGCCACUUCUUCAAGAUUUGGCACAGGGUGGUAAAGGUUAUUUAAACAGCACAGAAGUCACGGCUCUGACUCUCAAUAGACCUGGUUGUUAUAAUAUCGUGUUGAAUAACUUAGAUGCUGGUAUUGACCACCCUCUGCAUCUUCACGGAGUGGACUCCCAUCUUGUUGCACAAGGUUCUGGCAACAUAGGUCCCCAAAACUUGGCGCAGGCCUCUAUCAAGUUCGACAAUCCUCUGCGGAGAGAUACCUUCGUUGUCGGCGGCGGAAGCUAUCUAAUUCUGCGAGUUGAAGCAAACAACCCUGGAGUGUGGAUUCUUCAUUGCCACAUUGGAUGGCAUUUAGCUGCAGGCUUUGCCGGAGUGGUUGUGAUGCAACCAUCAGCUAUUUCAAAAUUCAAAAUACCCACCGCCAACCAAGCUCUUUGUUCGGCGAAGACAAGCCGCAACAUCAACACUACCGAGCCUGGUCGCCUAAGCUCACUGAUGUAA